UUUUGGAUGUUUAUUAUGCAUUCCAUAUAUCGCUAGUGAAGUCAUUGUAAUGAAUGACAUCCCAGUUUUUGGAGACACUGUUUCUAUUACUGAUAUUCAAAAAUAUAGUGUUUAUUUUAAUGCUGGUAUUCUUAUUCUUGUUACUUUAAUUUCAUUCUUUAUUGGAUGGCAUAUGGUUAUGGCUAUUGGAGGUGCUGAUAUGCCAGUUGUAGUUUCAAUGUUAAAUUCAUAUUCAGGAUGGGCUACAGCAGCAUCAGGAUUCUUAUUAAAUAAUUAUGCUAUGAUUGUUGGAGGAGCAUUAAUUGGAUCAUCAGGAGCUAUUUUAUCAUAUAUUAUGUGUAAAGCUAUGAAUAGAUCAUUUAUGUCAGUUAUUUUUGGAGGAUUUGGAGCAACACCAUCUAAAACAAGAAAUCAAGAAGAUGAAGGACCUAAAGAAAUCAAUCCAAUUAAAACACCAGAACUGGCUAGACUUUUAAUGGAAGCACAUAACAUUGCUAUUGUUCCAGGAUAUGGAAUGGCAGUUGCAAAAGCACAACAUGUUGUAUCAGAACUUUCAAAUAUCUUAAUUAAAGCAGGAAAAGAAGUAAGAUUU